GCAGUCAGUGACAUUUCCUCCAGCCAAAAUAAACAAACACCCUCGCGGCUCCGUAUUUUUGCAAAUUUCCCGAGAAAUACCACUCAAAACGCCAAUUUUCCACUAUUAAUCAGAAGCGAAAUGGAUCUGCUGUACACUGGAAACACCCUCAAGAACAGGGAACUUCUGUAUAGGCUUAUAAUAAGCCAAUUAUUCUACGAUGGAUACCACAAUCUGGCCGUAGAGUUAUCGACAAUGGUGAGGGCGGAUCCUCCGUGUCCUCCCAGCGAUCGCCUGCUGAACGUGAUGAUCCAGGGAAUGCAGGACGAGGCGACGAAGCGCGAGAACAGCUAUGACGAUAUCGCUUGUGGCUUGGACCUGGAGUUUGAGACCGAAGGCUCCAGUCUGGCUCCAGAGCCGGCGUCCUACGAGACAGCCUACGUCACAUCGCACAAGCAAGCGUGCCGCGCCGGAGCGUUCAGCUUCGAUGGUCAACUCGUUGCCACGGGCAGCGUGGACGCCAGUAUCAAGAUUCUAGACGUCGAUCGCAUGUUGGCCAAGUCGGCGCCCGAGGAACUCGAUCCAGGGCGCGAACAGCAAGGUCACCCGGUCAUCCGGACGCUCUACGAUCACACGGAUGAAGUGGCAUUCCUUGAGUUUCACCCCAAGGAGCAGAUCCUUGCCUCAGGAUCACGGGAUUGCUCGGUGAAGCUCUUCGACAUCUCCAAGGCGUCCGUGAAGAAGGCUCACAAGAUCCUGACAGACUGCGAGCCCGUACGCUGUCUCUCCUUCCAUCCUUCCGGGGAUUUUAUGGUGGUCGGAACGGAUCAUAACGUGCUCCGCGUGUAUGAUAUUGCCACUUCUCAAUGCUUCGUGAGCGCGAUCCCAUCACAGCAGCAUCGCGCAGGAGUGUCCUGCGUUAAGUACGCCCAGACAGCCAAACUCUUCGCCUCCGGAAGUCUGGAUGGCGCCAUAAAGCUCUGGGACGGAGUUUCUGGUCGAUGCGUCAACACUUUCGCAGCCGCUCACGAUGGAGCUGAAGUCUGUUCAGUGGCAUUCUCGAAGAAUGGCAAAUAUCUGCUCUCCUCCGGCAAGGAUUCGCUGGUGAAACUGUGGGAACUGAGCACGAGUCGCUGCCUAAUCGCCUACACAGGCGCCGGCACGACUGGAAAGCAAGAGCAUAGCACUCAGGCGGUCUUCAAUCACACCGAGGAUUAUGUGCUCUUCCCAGACGAGGCCACCACAUCCCUGUGCUCCUGGAAUUCCCGGAAUGCCUCGCGACUGCACCUGAUGUCACUGGGACACAACGGCCCGGUUCGCUAUAUCAUCCACUCGCCGACGCAUCCGGCCUUCCUCACGUGCUCCGACGACUACCGAGCACGCUUCUGGUUUCGACGCUCCAACACACACUAAGACCACCGACUUUCCCCGCAUUUUCAUGUGUUUUUCUCUGUGGAAAAUAAACACUUUUCCCGCGUAUACCA